GUACGGACGGACCACAGACGGACAGAUGUCUCGUCCGCUGCUGCAGGCACGGUCUGUGGGCUUACGUGCGCGGCCGCAGUGUUUGCCGGGACGGCUCGUACAAGAUGGCCGCCGACUUUUGUACGCAGAGCAUGGCGCGGGCAGUUGAACCGAACUUUACAGCGGCAGACGGGACCCUGGGGCUGUGUACCGACGCUUGGGAUGUUUUCCAGACUUUCUAAGACUUCACUGGCGACGCUGACCAAUGCUGCCACAUACGGAGAAGUUGCCGCGCCAUGUCCAAGGCAAGAUAGUCACGGGGUUCGUUGGGCUCUCUGUGUGCGGCUCUUGACAAUGAAAGCUACUGAGCGCCCUUGAAAUCGGACCGUGUUUACGUCGCCUCUACGUUGGAGAAUUUUCUCUUAGUCUCUUUGUCAUAUUGCGGCGGUCGUUGGCCCCACGCGACAACUCUGACCUUGUGCUGUCUGUUGAUUUGAACGUGUUUUCUCAGUCUUGAACGAAAGUGAAGUGCUCUAGUGGUCGGGCGCCAAUCGGGCACAGUUCGCGAUGUCUGUCACUGCUUUCGGCGUCCGCGUCAAAGAGGAGCCUGGUUCCUCUGGCCAGAGCUCGUCUGAGGGGGUCUGUUACGUCUGCAGCAGUCACGGGGCCGAAUAUCCGCUCAAUUCGCGGCCUCGAGAACGUGGCCCCUACUUCCCGUUUCUCGAAACACACAUCCCUCCCUUAGGCGCAGAGCGGCCGUCAUCCGAAGGUGUCGUUCUUGCGUGCCCUGUAUGCUACUCAUUUCUUACUCAGCAGUGGGAAGCUCACGAACAAAAUGGCACACCUCGACACAAGCGUAUGUACUGGCUGAAGCGCACUGACAACGGACCCUAUGCGGGUAUGGAACCGAGUAUGCAGACGCAAGAAGAGAGUCCUGAACGCAGUUCUCGCCAUUCUCCCGCAGCUGCAUCUGCUGCUUUAGACCUGAGUCUACCUGCACCAGGGGGGACCGCUUCUUCAGGGGUAGUGACUGCAUCAACAAGCAACGAGGCGUGUUUUAUAUGUGGCAACUGCAACCGAAACGGACCAUUAGCUAAUGUUUAUGCUAAGCCCAUCGCCAACUGCCCCUUCUUUCCCACUCUGGCCUCACAUCCGCAGCCACCAGGUGCCAAGCCCAUGGACUCGUCAGGUCGUGUUCAAGCUUGUGAACCCUGUCAUCAAAUGCUGUUAGAACAGUGGGACAAUUACCAGCGUUAUACGGUGCCCCACUCUGAGCGACGUUACCGACUACCGUCUCGAUCUUUCACCUGCUUUACGUGUGGUCUCGAGUUCCCGGUAAGUGUCCAGCGCGUGGUCAGUGCUAUUCCCGGACCGGACCAGCAGCCUGUAUUUCCCUUCUUACGCACUGUGGCCCCGCCACCAGGUGCUCAGCCACUCUCAUCUGCAGGCCGGGCUGUGGUUUGCUCCAUGUGCUAUAAGUCUUUACAGCGCCAGCUGCGUGUUUUUGAGAUCUCCAAUGUGCCGGAGUCAAAGCGGCACUUCAAGAUCCUGCAUGAGGGGACUACGGCACCUGCGACUGUUUCACCGUCGCCUGCGAGUGUUCUGCGUAAGCAGCUACUGUCCCCCCAGACCAAGUAUCUUGGCUGCUACCUCUGCGAAAAGAUUGGACCGAUGGAAAGCCUCGUUGCUUGCGACACUAAACCAGGUGCAGGUCCACAUUUCCCAUUUCUGCGUGACGUGGCCCGGCCUAUUGCUGCGCGGCCCAUGGACAACCAGGGCCGUGUGUUGCUUUGCGCCGAGUGCUCUGCUGAACUGCAGCUCCAAUGGGACUCAUUUGAAAGUGCUGGGCUUCCAUUGACUCAGCGGCGCUAUCAUACAGCUCUUUUGACAUCGCCGCCAUCAGCCUCGCAAGGGGCUUGCUUUGUCUGCACUGAGCCAACGAGUGAGACCUUUCCUGUGGGAAGCCGUGAGGGCCCUGGACCAUUCUUUCCCUUCCUUGAGUCGCACGCAGGCCAAGGUUCACUUGAUAGCACGGGCACAGCACGUGUGUGCACCUUCUGCUUCCACUCUCUGAUGGCGCAGUGGCUCGCCUAUGAGAGCUCGCCACAUCCCGAGGAUGCAGCCAGGGCGGUGCGUCGAUACAAUACGCAUCACUAUGUAUGCUACAUCUGUGGUAUAACCACAUACCGGCGACGGGUGCGGACACUCACCGUGCGUGAUUUCCCAUUUCUGAGGGAGCAUCCAAGGCCAGCUGGUGCAUUAACUCUACGUGAUGGAGUAGUCUCAUGCCUCACCUGCUUCGAAUCACUAAGCUCCCAGUGGAAGGACUAUGAACGUAUGCGAGUUCCCGUUGAAAUGCGAAAGUAUAACUGGAUUGUCCUGCCUCCACCACCUGAGGAAACCAGGAGUGGAGGAUCAUCUCCAUCAGGCCAGGAACAAGCCUUGUCUGACACCGGCUUCCCACCACCAGGCGGGAAGCCACCACCCCUGCAACCAGCUGCUACAAAGCCAAGCCACACAAGCUUGGCACUUAGUGCUACCCGCACCUCAAGUUUUGCAGCUGCACUACGCAAGCUGGCAAAACAAGCAGUUGACCCUGUCCUUGAAAAGGAUUCUGGGCCAGUGGCCUCCAUUCCAGGAGGGAACCCCAGAGCACUAACUCCAAAACGAAGCUCUUCCUAUGGGUUGCCAUCUCCAUUGGCAUGUGGUUCUCCCCCAGUCAUGUCUGGUGCUCCUUCUGGUCUUCUUAUAGAAACCAGAAAAGCACUGGACUUGGGCAGCCUCAGCUCACAGCAUAGCCAUCGCCUGGACCAUGCGACCAAGAUGGACUCCUCCCUGUCCUCCUUAGACUACCUCUCUAGCAAGCACUUGGCUGGACCUCCGAGUGGUUCCAGUGGCGCUGGACACAAGGGUGCUUCAGGAAAUGGUGAAGAAUGCCCCCGGGGCUUCCAGCCGUACCGCGGUUCGGCCGAGGAGCUACGGCAUCCCAACCUGGGUACACUGCAUCCCAUGUCACCCUUUGAUGCUGGCGCCUACCCGUACCACCCAACACCAUUCCUUCCACCACAUCUUGCACAUCCAGCUUACAGGUUGGAAGACCCACUAUAUCAGUACAAUCUGUUGCGGCCUGGACCACCAAUGGUAUCAGCCCCGGCCAUCCCUCCCUUCUAUCGGUAUCCUAUGCAACAGCAAGCACCUCCACAGCAGCCCCCAGCCCAGCAACAGCAACCACAGCAGCGGCAGCAGACUACGCCGCCAUCUCUACCUCCACGAACGGAUGAGCCCAAGGAGGAACAGUCGCGACUUUUGCUCCUUUCAUCGGCUAAGAGAGCUUCCGAGUCCUCAUCGCCAUCUCUUGGCUCAUCUCAUUCUGGAGGAGGCCACGAACCGUUGCGAAGCCCUCCAUCUCUUCUGACUCCCCUGAACCUGGCUACAAGCCAUUCAGGGCCUCCUCCCCAACCCCAAGGACCCCUUGUCUCUCAACAGUCCUUUUCAGAGCAUCUCAGCCAUCCGGCUAGUGCAGAGCCCUGGCGGCCACUGGCCAAUGAUGUGCCACCCCUCCACCACUUACAGGUAACAAAGGAGAACUUUCAAUCACUGCCAGCGUCUUUCACAUCUGCCAUGGCUCCGGCCACUAUACGGCAGCCAGCAGCAGCCUCUCUGAAGCCAAGUCUUCCGCUAGCGCAGUCUCCACCACGGUCUUCCACAUCGAGUCCUGUUCCAGUUCAGCAAUCAUCUGUUCGGCUUGAUGUCUCAACAUCGGAGCACCGGCAUAUAGAGCAACACCCAGUGGUGCUGAGCCGGCUAGAUAUGGCUGAGCAGCGCAGGAAGGAAGCACGGGCAAGAGGCUCAGCUGAAAGUGACUCUGAGGAAGAUGAUGACUGGGAACUCACUCUGCAGAAGCCUGUCAUUUGGUCAGGUCCCCCGUUGUGUCUUGAUCUCAACCCUAAAAAGUUACAGUUUUUUAGCAAUUUCGAGCUCACAAGUCACCAGAAGAAAAGAGAACUAGAACUGGAACAAUUUAUUCGGCAUUGGACACGUCUUUAUGGGAGAGAGGAGCGACUGUGUGCAACACCACCCCCACUUCUGAAGUGUGUGGAUCAGGAGGAGCCAGCAGCACUAUCCAGUGAGCAGCUGCAGCAGCAGCAGCAGCGGCUGUUUGAUCAGCUGUCACCACGCAAAAAUAUGCGGGAGCCGGACCAGCAACUUAAGCGUCAGUUCCUCCUUCUGUUGGGGCUCUCAUCCACUGGGACCAAUGAAGAUCGAGAAACAAUCUGGCGUGCUAUAGUAAUGGAGCGAUCCCAACGCAAUGGUGCAGUACGCAAGGAGAGCUGCCUCGGCAACACUAGUCAUAGGCCAGCCAUCACAUCAGCGGGGUACCUACAGCGGCGUGCGCUGAAGCGACAGCUGGCUGCUAGCAUGGAGUCACACCAGAAUGGUGUCUGUGCAACUGCUGAAGGAUCGCCGAGCCGCAAGCCGCCUUCUAUUCAAGCCUCCCAGGGCAAGCCGUAUGGCCGGGACUUUGCCUAUGAGUUCCAUGAAUCGGUGCUGCAGCACAGCCAGCAGCAACAAGAACAGGAGCACCUGCACCAGCUCAAGAAGCGCCGUAAUAGGCCGAGUUACUCGAUAUUCCACACAAGGGCACCUCCAGUGGCUGCACCAAACCCAGUCCAAGAGUCUGCGUUAAUGGAGCCUGGAGAAGAAGGUGGCGUGGACCCUGCUGAGCCCUUGCCAGCCCUCUUUCAGUGGCCUGGUGUUGAAGCCAUAAUGGAGUCUUACUCACGUUACAACCAGGAGCGCCACAUGGAACGGGUGCUACUUACUGAAAGAGAGCGGCAGUUGCGUGCUGAGCAGCAGCAGCUUCAAGAGGAGGCCCAGCGGCUGCGCAUUCGAAUGGCAGAGCUGUACCAGAGCAAGAAGUGUUUGGACGAGGAGCGCCAACAGCAACAGGUGACCAUCGACAAUCUCAAGAAGUGCCUCAGGCUGGUCCGAUAGUAGGCGCCCUCUGCCUUCUCUUCCUACCCCUUUGCCCUGCAUUUCAGCAGGGGGACUCAUUCCACCCCAUGAAGGGGACUACCCAUGUUAUAUACAUUUAUGAUUUACAACCACCCAUGGCACAACAUAUACAGGCAUCAUUUUAAGCCCCAACUCUUCUCUCUUUCGCUCUCUCUCUCUUUCUCCUUCACUCUCCUCUCACUCUGCUCCCUUCAUUGAAAAAAAAAAAGCGUUUUUUAUUAAGCCGUUAUUUAUGAAAUAAAAGAUUGCAGCUGCGA